CCACCAGACCUUUCUAUGCCUCCUCCACCUCUAUUUUCUCCAUCCUCAACUUCCGUUAUGACGGCAGUUUAUUCUUUACCACUCACUAGUCUCUCCAUUUCUGCCAGGUCCACAUUUCCUGACCACCUCACUAUCUCAAGGAGGACUGGUCCAGAUAAAAGCGCCAUUAACGCUUGCUCUGAUACUGGCCUUAAAUUUGCGCCUUCACAAACUAAUCUUGUAUCUAAUUCAUUUUUGCUCGAAAAAUGGACUCCCGCUCCAGCCACACCAAGACCCCGAUGGCCAUUAUCGCAAAUUCAGCGGAGGUCGACCAUUCUCCCAAAUGUGCACAUUAGCUCCGAGGCGAGCGAUCCUAUGUCCAGAUAUCCUGUGUCUUUAUUGAAAGCAGCCGAUUCCUCAUAUCCUGAUGGUUUUGAGGAGUAUAAUGAAACAUCAACGUCUUUCAAUGAAUCAACAAAAGUAGUUAUUACAACCAUUAAUUAUUAA